ACUGAGAAUAACGGUAAUCCAAAUGAGAGCUGAUGGAGCUAAUUUGGUAGGCCAACAUUAUCUCUCAUUGGACACUGGCACUCACUAUCCAAAACAUGAGGAGAAGUCUCACCCAUUGGCUACUAAUGCUUUUUUCCUCACUUCACCAUCCUCCCCUCCUUCCCCCGCUAUGGCUUCCCUCGCCGGCGCCGCCUCUCAUGUCCUCCCCUCUGUCAUGAUCGCCGCCACCUCCACCUCCACUACGCCCAGACUUUCCUUUUCAUUCUCCUCCUCCUCUUCCUCUCCUUCUUCUCUCAAAUACCUUGGAUCAUUUCCUCUCCUUCCCCACAUCUUCCGCUACCAGAAGCGAUCGUUGAUUGGAACAUCUAGUGGAAGAUUCAGUACAUUGGCCUCGCCGAAAUGCGCUGCUUCUAAUCCUGAUCAGUUGAAAAGUGCACGAGAGGACAUCAAAGAACUGCUGAAGACCACGUUCUGUCAUCCUAUUUUGGUUCGCUUGGGCUGGCAUGAUGCUGGAACUUAUAACAAGAAUAUUGAGGACUGGCCACAAAGAGGUGGAGCUAAUGGAAGCUUAAGAUUUGAAGAUGAACUAAAACAUGGAGCAAAUGCUGGACUUGUAAAUGCACUGAAACUUCUCCAGCCAAUUAAAGACAAGUAUGCUGGCGUGACAUAUGCAGACUUAUUUCAGUUGGCCAGUGCCACUGCCAUUGAGGAGGCUGGAGGCCCAAAAAUUCCCAUGAAAUAUGGGAGAGUAGAUGUUUCUGGACCUGAUGAAUGCCCAGAAGAGGGAAGGCUUCCUGAUGCUGGUCCCCCUUCCCCUUCUUCUCAUUUGCGAGAUGUCUUCUACAGAAUGGGACUAAACGAUAAGGAAAUUGUCGCACUUUCUGGGGCACACACUUUGGGGAGAGCCAGAUCAGAGCGCAGUGGUUGGGGCAAGCCAGAAACGAGAUACACGAAAGAUGGACCAGGAAGCCCUGGAGGACAAUCAUGGACUGUGCAGUGGUUGAAAUUUGACAAUUCCUACUUUAAGGACAUUAAAGAGAGAAGAGAUGAAGAUCUACUAGUUUUGCCAACAGACGCGGUUCUUUUCGAAGAUUCUUCAUUUAAGGAAUAUGCAGAAAAGUAUGCUGUAUAUCACGAUGUAUUUUUCAAAGAUUACGCGGAAGCCCAUGCUAAACUGAGUAACCUUGGAGCUAAAUUUGAUCCUCCUGAGGGUUUCUCAAUUGACAGUAAUCCUACACAAGGUCAGCCAGAGAAGUUUGUGGCAGCAAAAUACUCAACUGGAAAGAGAGAGCUCUCGGAUACUAUGAAACAAAAGAUUCGAGCAGAAUACGAAGGUUUGGGAGGAACACCAGAUAAGCCUCUCCCGACGAACUAUUUUCUCAAUAUCAUGAUUGUGAUUGGUGUUUUGGCAAUUUUGACAUCUUUGCUUGGAAACUAAUGGCUUUAGUUUGAUCUUGUAGAUAUCUUGUGUGCUUUAUAUCGGCAUUAUUGAGAAUGAAAAUUAAAUUUGAAAUUUACACUCUGCUUUUCUGUCA